AUUAGACAUAGCUACCUGCUCAGGAUGAUCGGCGGAAUGAAGUGCUGCGUACGUUGGUCAUUUAGAUAAUCCAAUUUCUCAAUCCGAGCAAGUCAUGUUCAUCACUUCUAUUCUUACCCAACUGUUCAGCUACAACAUACCAUGUCUUGUCGCUUCUUAGGACCAGGUUGCGGAGCCUAAGCGUUCGUCACAUGACGCCACUCCGUCAAGGAAUGAUGCCUCGCAGAAGGGCCCGGUCGCUGAAUGUUCCGAGGUGUCGCCUCCUAGCCGUGGUAAGGGUGCUGACGAUUUUCGAAAGGCUGUGGUUUAUCUGAAGGAGUAUUCGGAUGAACCUGCAUUUCGCAACAAACUUGCGGUAUGCGAAGAAGAGUACAAUGCAAUGGAACGCAAGCUGGAAGUCAUUCCUGCGGAGCGUUUUGAGAAGCCGCCUCCAAGCUGUAGUCAGGAUCAUCACAAGUUUCGAGGAGCUAUGAAUGAACUGAAGGAUAUGGUUGGUGGAAAUGUAUAUCGAUAUGUACUCGAUGCAUGCGAAAAAGCGUAUUAUGCAAAAGCACGCGAGGUGGAAGAUCGUUUCAAGGUGCCGCCUUCUAGCGACACUGAGGAUGCUCUCAAGUCACUAGGAAGCGGAGUACAGAAAGUGAAGGAAUUGGCGCCGACGAUAACACCUGGAAGUCGCGAAAAUGUUGAGAGAAUGGAAGAAGCGGUGAGUGGAAUAUCACGCAAGGUGAAAGAUGACGACGAUUCAUUUUAUGAUGAGGUUGGGGAUAUGGAAACUCUUAAGCCGGGUGAAGUGGUUCGAACUGAACCCAGCGAGAAUCUUACGAUAGAUUUUCGGGAUGGCACAUGUGCAGACGAGAUACCACCUGCUCCUUUACCGAAGCUCUCUGCAAGCAAUGGUCCAGAGGAUGAUUCGUGGAAGAACAGGCGGUCCUGUCAGCCGCGUUCCUCGGACUUUGGUGCCAUGGAAUACAGUGUGCGUGCAGAAGAUUGCUUUGACUCCCAAUACCCCAAAGAUCUGGCAGAGGUACCCGAGUGCUAUCCCAGUCCUAAUACUCUCAUGCAAACUGAAGACCAAUUUCAAGGUGGCCCGUCCGGUGAGGAAUUGGACAAUAUAGUAGUGUCACAGGAGAACCCUGCUGGAGGUUGUCAGGCGUGGAACACGAGUACUUGUACCUUUAUUCAAGCGGACGACCCAUUUCAAGACAUUCCUGGUUUCGGAGAUCCUCUGAUGCAUCCACAAGAUGACCAAUUAAGCGCUCUUUGGGAGAAUUAUUUUAGCACUUGGCUUACCUGAUUAUGUUGGAAGCGGGAAUAGGAUCCAGUCCUGUCUUCUAUUACCUUUUAGCGAUAGUCGUCUGUGCGUCAUAAAUUGGAGAGUCAGAAAGAGACACAGUUCGUCUGACAAGUUGAGUCUUUACGUCUAUUUUGAACGAUAGUUAGUGUGAUCUUCCAUGGCAACUGGUUCUCUUUUAGAGACUUUUAAGCUUGAUGGAACAAACUAUCAGACUUGGAAGGUCUGAAUAAAAUUACUUUUAAUGAAAGAGGAAACAUGGAGAUAUGUGGAUCCUCACCGAGGGAAUCCUCCCCAGCUUGGAGAAGCUCCUAAUGUAGCUGUUGAACGAGUCAAGGGUCUUCAUUCCAUCUUUAUUUCAGUAAAAGAAAACGUGUUUUCUAGUGUUCCCAA